AUGAAAUUUCAAGAAACGCAAAAGUUAUUAGAACGUGGUCAAAUUGAAGAAUCAACUUCUCCGUGGUCGUCACCUAUAGUUCUUGUUAAGAAGAAAGAUAAAACAAUGCGAUUUUGUAUUGAUUAUCGACGUCUAAAUGCUGUUACAAUUAAAGAUGCAUUUCCACUUCCUCGAAUCGAUGAAAUAUUUGAUCAAUUAUCUGAUGCCGUAUAUUACACCAAAUUCGAUUUUAAAUCUGGUUAUUUCCAGGUACCUCUCUCUAAAGAGGACCGUCCGAAAACUGCCUUUUCAACUCGCGAUAAUCAUUAUCAAUUUACAGUACUUCCACAAGGUAUUACCAACGGACCCGCAACAUUUCAACGUGUAAUUAAUCAUAUAUUAGGACCCGCAAGAUGGAAAUAUGCGUUAGCUUAUAUCGAUGAUGUAAUCAUAUAUUCGAAAACGUUCGAAGAACAUUUAUCACAUCUUAAUGAUAUUUGUACAAUAUUAAAAAAUGCUCGAUUUCGUCUUAAUCCAGAAAAAUGUGAGAUAGCUCAAACACAAACAGAUUAUCUUGGACAUAAUAUAAAGAAUGGUGAAAUUCGUCCAAGUCCUAAUAACAUCAAUGGUUUAUUAAAUACAAGAUUACCACAAACUGCAGAUGAAGCUUGCAAAUUUGUUAAAGCAGCUGAAUAUUAUAGGAAAUUCAUACCAAAAUUUUCUCAAAUAGCAGAACCACUUCGGAAAUUUGUUCCAACUACAAGAACCCAACAAAAGAAAGGACAAAAAACUUUAAUUAAAUUAACCAAUGAUGAAUUAAAAGCAUUCGACCAACUUAAACAAAUUCUUACGACAGAUAUGGUAUUACGACUUCCAAAUAACAGAUUCCCUUUUAAAGUACAAACUGAUGCAUCUGAUGAGGGAAUCGGUGCAGUAUUAUUACAAAUCUAUCCAGAAGGAGAUAGACCUAUUGCAUACCUGUCAAAGAAAUUUACUCAAGCACAACGUAAAUGGUCUCCUAUGGAACAAGAAUGUUAUGCAUUUAUUUGUGCAUUAGAUAAAUGGCAUAAUUAUUUAAGUGGAAUUAAAUUUACAUGGGAAACUGAUCACAAAGCAUUAACGCAAUUAAAUCAAAAAGCUCAAAUUAACAAACGAUGUGAACGAUGGAGAUUAAAAAUUUUAGAAUAUGAUUACAAGGUGAAAUAUAUUCCUGGAUUAACAAAUUCUAUGCCGGAUUAUUUAUCAAGAUCUCCAGUUGAUGAUGCUGAAGAAGAUCCUGAUGAAAUUUCAUUACUUAUUUCAAAAUCAACACAAACAGAUUUUUUAGAUAUUAUUAAUCAUUCACCUGUCGUUGCAGCUGUUCAAACUCGUGCUAUGAAAUUACGAAAUUUAACUUCAAAUGAUAAAAAUGAUACAACAAUAUUAACACCAGAUACUCCAAUUGGGGAGAAUCGAAUAACUACAAUUUCAAUCGAACAAUUAAUACAAGCUCAACAAAACGAUAAUUAUGCAAAGAAUAUUCUGAACAAAAUCAAGAAAUACAAACAUUAUAUUAUAAAUGAUAAUCUGUUAAUGCGUCGUACGAAUCCUCCAGUUCCUUAUGUACCACAGGGUGAUCUUCGAAAAAUAAUUCUAAAUAUUUAUCAUGAUAGUGCAGCCAACGGUGCUCAUUUCGGAAGAGAUAAAACUAUACCAAAAAUUAAACAACGUUAUUUUUGGCCUUCGAUGUACAAAGAUAUUGAUAAUUAUAUUAAAUCAUGUAUUCCGUGUGCACAAUUUAAUCCUCGUCGACAGAAACCUCCUGGUACAUUAAAACCAAUUCAACCUCCUGAUGGAGUGUGGCAAUUAGUAUCGAUGGAUUUUCAUGGACCUAUUAAUCCAACAACUCAACGUGGAAAUAAAUACAUUAUAUCUCUUACCGAUAUAUUAUCAAAAUUCGUUAUUACAAAAGCUGUACGUGAUAAUACGACUCUCACAGCUGUUCGAUUUCUUAAAGAAGAUGUUAUUUCAAAAUUUGGAACGCCUCGAUGUAUUCUCACCGAUAAUGGAACACAUUUCACAUCAACAAUGAUGGAUGAAUUAGUUAAACAAAUUGGAACAACACACCUUUAUUCAACGCCUUAUCAUCCGCAAACCAAUGGUCAAGUUGAGAGAUACAAUUCGACAAUGGAUGCAAAAAUCGCAGCUUUAUCAAAUCUGCGUAAAACAGAUUGGGAUGAUCAAUUACCAUUCGUAACAUUUAAUUAUAAUACUUCAAUCCAUUCGUCAACAAGACAAAUACCUUUCGAAAUGAUGUAUGGUCGAUCGCCUGUAUUACCUUUUGACCAUCAGGAUACCAAUGUUACAUUAUCAUAUGAUCCUGAACACUCGAAGAAAUUAAAGCAAUUCUUAUCAACAUUAAAUGAACAAGCGAAAAUUAAUAUUAUAAAAAAUCAAGAACGAUACAAGCAACGUUACGAUAUGAAUCGUUCAAAUCCCACGUACAACAUUGGAGAAUUAGUUCUUUGUAAAACACUCAACAUCCGUUAUAAAUUCGAUAUUCGUUAUGAAGGACCGUUUCGAAUUGUUAAACAACUUACACCUAAAACAUUCAUUAUACAACAUGUCAAGAAACCAACAUUAUAUCGUCAAGUUACUACCGACGUGUUACUGCCGAUAUUCGAACGAAAUUUUUAA